AUGGGUGAAGAGAUCAAGCAGGAGGGCAAGGACGUCAAGGACGUGGAGAUGGCCGAGCAGUCCGCAGAUGCACCGCCAAAACGAGAGGCACGUCCGGAACGCCCUCUUCCGCGCUCGCUGGUGCGAAACGUGAUCAACGCUGCGCUUCGUCAGUAUGAAGCAGAGUUUGCCGGCAUUCGGGUGGUUCACGAUGGUAUGGCUGCGCUUUACGCGCCGACCAUGCUGCCUUGGAACGCGAAGGAUUUCCCUGACAUCGAUCCCGACGGUAACGGUGCGCCCGCUCCUCCCCAGCAACCACCUGCUGGUGGCGAUGGCGCCGCUCGCCGGCCGUUCAGAGGCCCACGCACGUUCGUGGCGAAGAUGAAGCUGGUGGAGACGAUCUCGACGUCAAGCUUGACGGACUACUACGCGAACCCGGAUACGAACGUCAUGCCCGUUCUUCAGGCGCUUGACGUGGUGGCUCGUCACUUGGGUGCGCAGCGUUUGAUUGCUGUCGGACGCAACUUCUUCACGAUGAAGAAGACGCACACGCUGAAGGGCGGCAAGGAACUGUGCUGGGGCUACCACCAAGCCAUCCGCCUUGCCGACCACAAGCUCCUCAUGAACGUCGACCAGGCAGCGACGGUAUUCUACUCGCCGGGUCCCUUGAUGCAGCUCGCCAUGGCAGCACUGCGUGCGCGCGGCCCUGACGAGGUUCGUGACUUGUCGGAGCGCGACAUGAAGUCGCUGGCGCGCGCACUGCGCAAGAUUGAGGUAGUCCCGACGCACCGCAAGGAUCGCAAGCGCGCGAUUUUCGGCGUCAGCGCCCAGCCUGCCAACCUCACGAUGGUGAACAUCAAGGGAGAGACCAUGUCCGUGGCCGCGUACUUCAGUGGCAAGUACAACAUGCAGCUGCGCUACCCCAACCUGCCGCUGGUUAACGUUGGCAGCAAGCGACCCGGUAAGGAAAACUGGCUGCCGAUUGAGGUGUGCGAGGUCGCUCCUGGACAGCGCUGCGCUAACAUCAACGACUUGGACACGGCGGAGAUCAUUCGCCAAACCAGUCAACCCCCACGCAACCGCCAAGAGAACAUCAUGGAGCAAGUUCGCCAGGCUGGGUUCGAGAAUGACCCGUUCCUCGCUGCCUUCGGUAUCAAGGUGGACCAGCGCCUCGAGUCGACCGAGGCGCACGUAAUUGAUGCUCCUGAUGUCCAAUACCAGAAUGUAUCGGAGCGUCCGGCCGGCGGCCAGUGGAGCCUCAACAGCAAGAGAUUUGUGGAAGGUGUUCCUGUACGCAAUUGGGGCGUGAUCGUCGCUGCUAACGCGAAUGAGCGUGAGGUCCACAACUUCAUUGGGAAACUGACGGAUCUGGGAGACCAGCGCGGGCUCCCGUUCGAAGACAAGAACCCCGUGCUGAUCCACCAAGACCAACACCGUGGCGCCCAGGUCGAAGAACUCAUGAAGAUGUGUCACCAGGAGCUCGAGCGCCGGAACGCUGGCCCGCCGCAGUUUCUGCUUGUGAUCUUGCCGGCCAAGAACUCGCCCGUGUAUGGCGACGUGAAGCGCAUGUCGGACACGGUCCUUGGCCUACCCAGCCAGUGCAUUGCCUCCGUGAACCUACCGCGUGCCAACCCGCAGUUCUGUGCUAACGUGUGCCUGAAGAUCAACAUGAAGCUAAAGGGCAAGAACGCUGUGCUGCGUGAUGAGCUCCCGCUGAUCAGCACCGCGCCUACGAUCAUCAUCGGUGCCGACGUGGAGCACCCGCGCUCGGGUAUGGGCGGUCGGCCGUCCAUUGCCGCGGUUGUAGCCUCCAUGGACCGCUAUUCGGCUCAGUACGCCACGCGCGUGGCGGCGCAGAAGGCCUCCAGCGACAUCCAGCAACUACCGAACAUGCUGCGCGAGCUGUUCCUCGCCUACUAUGAAAACACCCAGCGCAAACCGGAGCACGUGAUCUACUACCGCGAUGGUGUGAGCGAGGGGCAAAUGCACGACAUCCUGCAGAUGGAGAUGCGAGCGCUCCGCAAGGCAUUCAAGAUGAUCUCGGAGGACUACAACCCGCCCGUGACGUUCGUGGUGGUGAAUAAGCGCCACCACUUGCGAGCCUUCGCGGUGAACUCCCGUGACGCCGACCGCAAGGGCAACGUGAUGCCUGGCACCGUUAUCGACACGGGUGUGGUGAAUCCGCAUCGCUUCGACUUCUUCCUGUACGGCCACAGCGGCAUUCAGGGCACCACUGUGCCUGCGCACUACACGGUGCUGCACGAUGAGAACAAGAUGUCCGCCGAGGACAUCCAGCGUCUAACAUACCACCUGGGCUAUACGUUCUCGCGUUGCACGCGCUCGGUGUCUUUCGUGACGCCCGUGUACUACGCGCACUUGGCGGCCGCGCGUGCGCGCUUCUUCCUGAACGAUGGCUCGGAUGGCGCGUCCACGGUAAGUUCGUACAACUCGAACGCGUCCAACUUCGAGUUCGCUGAGGUUCACAGCAACGUCAUGAACCGCAUGUUCUACACAUAA